UACUUGCAAACAUGUCAACAGGUCAGUAUUCUGGAAGCUCAUCAAAACUAAAAUGGACACAUCUGAAGGCUGACCUGGCACACAUUUCCUGGGUAAGAGAAAUUCCUCCCCUUCCCGUAUUCCCAUGUAGCUUAGCAACCCCAGUGUCAUGGUUACUCUUACCGCUCGCUGCCUUGUCUAUGUUUCUGCCUGAUUAAUCAUACAGGUUAGCUGGAGGAGUCCUGGGGACGCAGGUGCCUGUCUCUUUAUGAUGUAAGGACAGUUUUUAAGAUUGCAUUAGCUUGUCUGCUUUGCAGGCAAAAUAAAACACCGCCAGUAACUAGCCUUAAUCAUCCACAAUCACUCACACUGCAAAAAAAAAAGAAGAAAAAAGAGCUGACACUUAAGUUUGAGAGGUUGUAUUUCCUAUAGAAGUUCCUGCUUUCAGAAAGCAUGACUGAUAUCUGGCCCUUGUAAAUGUUGCAAAUGAUCAAGUUCCUCCUCUUGCUGUUAGACAGGAGGCUCUUCGGCUCCGUCUUUCCCUUUUUGACUGCUCUGAACCUCAGAACGCCUGAAAGCUGUGAAGGCAGCCUUUGUUUGGUUGUUAUUUAUUCAGUCCUGGAAGGAGUGCAGCUUCCACCUCCACAUCCUGGAGACAACAAACCCCUUAACUGAUCCUUCUUGAUAAUAAAGCACAAUUCAGCAAGUCAGCACAGCUUUCACCUAAGGCCAUCCGUAGCCUCUUAGCGUCUAGACGUGAAUAUGUGGAGAGAGAGAGAGAGAACCAUGCAAAUGCAGCAAGCCAAUCGAAAUGUGCAGUAAUUGCAUCCAACAAUCUUGUUUAUGAUCUGCUUGACUACGCUAUUUGAUGGCAGCAAGCUUCCUGUUUUGAUUAGCUCAAAAGCAGUAUAUGCUGUUGCUAUUCAAAAACUUCCCAAAACCUUUUAAGGUUCUCUUACAGUUUUUCUCCAUUGGUUUGGCUCAUUUCUUGAAACUGAGAUGACAUUCUCAAAACAACAUGGACAAAUCCCCAAACUAACUUGCAGUUUCUCACAACAGAAUGGCAUUUAUCAUUGCUUUCAUCAAUAUUUCAAAUGCUUUGUACAUGUCUCAAGCAUUUAGUACAUCCAUGCAAAUGGCUAUGUACAAGUAUCCUAUAGUUAACACAAUCAGCCUACAUUUAGUACAUUUUUCAAAUGAAUGUAUCUUGCUGAUCUAUCCCAGUUGGUUGGUUCUCAGUGUAAUGGUCAUUGUCCUCAAAACAUGUCAGCACAUUUUCAUCGUAUAAGUCAUCAUAUGCAGAAUAGUCUGCUCAAUUGUCAAAAUAGUGUUAGGAAAUUGGAAUAGAAUACAGUACAUAUUUUGUAAGAUGUCAUAGUAAAUUUAGGAUAAUCAUGUUAGUAGGUAAUAGAUGAAAUCAGUUUCUGACUAACGAAGGAGGAGUGUCCCACUUUGCAGGUGACCAAUCCAUCUGUUUGUUGAGUUACCUGACAGGUGUUAUCUAUGUUUUGGAGUGCUGGCAUUGCUGUAUAUAUACAGCUUGGCCUGGUGCUAGUACUUUUUCCUAUGUCAACAUGGAGAGAGAGCAAGUGCAUCAACCAGGGCAAUCUCCACUUGGAGGAAGAGGAAGAGAAGGAAGAGGAGGUGGAGGAUUGAGGGUGCGUGGAGGUAGAGGAGAGGGAAGAGGAGGAGGAGUGAGGGUUCGUGGUGGUGGAAUAGGAGGAAAUAGAGUUCGCAGACAUCAUGUUGUCCCAGAUGAAAUUCGGGCCACCAUUAUUGAUCAUGUCAUCAACCAUCACCUCACAAUGGCAGAGGCAGGGCGCAGAGUGCAGCCUAACGUGCCACGCUCCACAGUUUCCUCCAUCAUUCAAACCUUUCGGCGGGAAAACAGGAUUGGCCGACAACCUCAUGCGGGUGGAAGAAGAAAACUUCUAACCGAUCGCCAAGAACAGGAGAUCUGUAACAUGGUGAUAGCAAAUAAUGCCAUAACACUGACACAGAUCCGGGAUGCAGUCCUCCAAAACAGUGGCGUCUUCCAAAACAUCAACUCCAUCAGCAUAUCAACAAUAGACCGGGUUCUGAAGAAGAACCUAAUCACCAUGAAACAGAUAUACAGAGUACCAUUUGAUAGGAACACUGCCAGAGUAAAAGAGCUGCGGUACCAGUAUGUGCAGAGAAUCCUGGCACUGGAGGGGAGUGAAACACCACACAUCCUAGUGUUUGUUGAUGAGGCAGGCUUCAACCUGGCCAAGGGCUGCAGGCGUGGCCGAAACAUCAUUGGCCAGCGGGCCACAGUGGAUGUCCCAGGCCAGCGGGGGGGAAAUAUAACCAUGUGCGCGGCUAUUUCAGAAAAUGGUGUGGCCACCCACACUGCAAGCUUGGGCCCGUAUAACACAGAGAAACUCCUCCGUUUCCUGGACCAACUAUAUGUAUAUUUGGUCCCAGAAAAUGAGAGGGGUCUCGAAGGGCCCCACCUACCCCAGUUUGUCAUUGUAUGGGACAAUGUUAAUUUCCUCCGUGGUCCACGCAUCCGGGCAUGGUUCAACAUGCAUCCAAGAAUGCAUAAUGUCUUGUUACCACCAUAUUCUCCAUUCCUGAAUCCUAUCGAGGAGUUUUUUCUCUGCUUGGAGAUGGAGAGUAUAUGAACACCAUGCCGAAAACCAGAGGUCUCUCCUCAAUGCUAUGGAUGCUGCCUGUGAGGAUAUAACAGGUGAUCAGUGUAGAGGAUGGCUCAGGCAUUCACGACACUUCUUCCCACGCUGCAUCUCAAGAGAAAACAUCAGAUGUGAUGUUGAUGAGAAUCUGUGGCCGAACAGAGCACAGAGAAUGGAUGGCCAGGAAGAUGAGGAUGGUGACCAGGCGAGAGAGGGGAGUGACCGCGACUAAACAAAAUGUCUUCAUUUGUGACUCUUUAUUUACAGUAUUCAUUUUUUGUUUGUUUUUGUGGGUUUUUGUAUUUUGUGUACACAGUAUACACAGCGUAUACAUUUUCCUUUUUAUUGUUCCCUACCUACAGUAAUGUGUACAAUUCACGUUAGCUGAGAAUAAAAAUGAAAAUUCCUCGGCAGAA